AUGCUCGCCAAGCUCCGCCGCACCCACGCCCUACCUCCGCCACAGAUCCACGAGCCGCCACCAGCCCCGCCGCCGGCCUCGGCGCGCCGCGAGAAGGAGGGACGUUGGCUGAGGUCGAUCGGGAGGGCCGGCGGCAAGGCGGCGGGCUCGACGGCGCACGAGGAUGCUGCGGCCGGUGCAGGCGACGGUCUUGACGGCGUGAGGGCAUCAGCGCCGAGCGUGCGCAGCGCGAGGAGCUCGGGCAGCUUCCGUCGCCUGUUCGGCAGCGACGGCGCGGGCUCGCGCAGCGCGAGUCGAGACGCACGCGACGGCGCCCGUCUGCGUGACGCCGAUCGAGCUGGAGCAGAGGGCGCAGGCUCGCUCGCGCCGCCCUCCUCAACCGCGUCCCGCGGGCGCCGAGGCGACCGCUCGGCUCGCCAAGCACCGCACCCGUCGUCCUCGUCGUCCUCGUCGUUCGCCUCGGCCGACGCACGCCCCGGCGGCCAGGACAAGCCCGUAUCGCUCGCGCAACGACUGCAAGAGCUCGCCGUCGCCAACGCCGAUGGGCUCCUCGAUGAGGACGAGUACCGCAUCCUGCGCGGGCAGCUGUUCGAGGCGAGCGUCGCGGUCGGGCAGGGCGGCGCAGGGGCGGCGGCGACUGGGCCUACUUCGAGCACGCCCAACUUGGGCGAGGGCCUUCUCGCUGUGCCGAGCUUGCGGCGGAUCGAGAACGAGGCGAGGCGAGCCUCGACGACUUCGACUAUCCUGCGACCAGAUCUGGACGACCCGCCUCGUUCGCCUGCCUCCGUACCGCCGGCCAGCCUCGUUCCACCUACGACCUCGUCCACCCGCCGCCUCUCGCUCGCGCCUGACUCGCAGCGCGCGCCCUCACUCGCCCAAUCGACCCACUCGAAGCGUACCUCGGGCCUGCGUGGGCUCUUCCGCCGCCCGUCGGCCGCCUCGGUGCGCGCCGUCGAGCCUCUCGGCGAAGGCUGGACGCACGUCGCGCCAGUCGCCCUGUCGGCGUCGGGCUCUUCCCCUGUCCUCGAUAACCACGCGAGCGUGCAGUCGGCGGGUCAGGCUCGUCGCUCGAGGGCGCCCGUCGACUUGCCGCCCGGCGGGUACUCGACGAACCGCACGCGCUCGAUCGGCCACCACCCCGGGCUCGCCUCGUCCGCCUUUAGCUCGGCCUCGUCACCUCGUCUCCGGCGCGACAAGUUGCCCCCCUCCUCGCUCGCCGCCUCAACCACGACGCGGUCGCACGCCUCGACGUCGACGUCGGCGCACUACGCCUCGACGCCGCUCCCUCCCCUCCCGAGCGCCCGCGACCCGGCCGCGCUCGUCACGCGCGACCUGAGCGCGCUCGAGCUGCAACGCGAGCUCGACGAGAUCGAGGGCGAGUGGGGGAGGGUGCGUCGGGCGUGGGACGCGAUGGCGAGGGACGAGGUGCGGCGGUGGGAGGACGAGGUCGGCGUCGAGGUCGUGCGAGGCCUGAGCGGGCGCGCCCUCGUGUCGGCGGACGGGACGACCGGGCUCGGCGGCGACACGGCGGCGCGUCGAAGGCCUGCGGCGCCUCUCUCUCUUUCACCAAACUCGUCAUCGCCCGCCUCGUCGACGCUCCUCGAGCUCCCGUCCUUCCUCCUCCCCUCCUCGCCCAGCCUGAUCCCGCCCGGCCUUCCCGACGACAUCGACCUCGCGACACGCGCCGUCCAACGCCGGGUACGCGAGCUGUACAACCGCCAGGCCGCCACGGACGACAAGUACUCGCGCCGGCUCGACUUUCUGCGCGCGCGACUGAGGGCGGCCGAGAUCAGGGAGCGGCUGCGGUGA